ACACGCGCGUAAUUCGUUUGGGUCAGACUGACACACACACUCAGUAUCCAGGAGUAUCCUACAUCACUCACUGCAGUGUGCAAAUGGCAUCAGUGCGCGUAACCACGCCGCGCGGGUUGGUCGUGUGGAGGUGAGGGUGUGUUAGAAGCCAAGUGCUUUGGUUAAAACACGCUAUACUUCGAUGAGCGACGAACGAGAGAAGGGCCUGGUACACAGUGCGCCCAUCGGACUAUGCCCUCCCCAACUCGGGAGGAAAGCAAAGGGGAGACCGGACAGGCACAGCACGGAGCUACGGACUGCGACGACGGGGAGAGAGGGACGGGCGGCCGUGUCGCGUGCGCUCUGGAGAUGGAGAUGACGAACCGCAGCCCGCACGCCGACUCCAAAGUGAAUUGUGUACAUUGCGAUGGCUCGAUCAGCCGAAACGGAGGGGACUCGGCAGAAGUGUCCGUGCCGCUGUCGAUGCCGGGGAAGCGGACGGCUCACAUGGAGGGAGACGAACUCCACAGACUGCGAGACAGAAAGUUUUUAUUAGAGGAUAGAAAGCGUCUUUGUGCGCUGUCUUUGGGGACUGCUCUGCUCGGGAUACUGCUCAUGAUAAUCCACUCCGAGAUAUGUCCCUUCGUUUAUAAAGCGGGCUCAAACAUUGCCUUAAUCAUCAACUGCUCCAUCAGCCUGUCCACUGGGUGUCUCCUGAUACUCAUCAUACUUUUCCAUCAUAAGGACAUCAGGCUGUUUGUCAUUGACCACAAACAGGUGGACUGGCGUAUUGCCAUGAGCAGCCACAGGGUUCUCGUGAUCACUCUGGAGCUGCUGGUCUGUGUCAUCCAUCCUGUCGGCACAUACUGGGAGGUGGGCCUCCAUGCCAACUCCUCUUCCCCAGCUCCGCUCUGUAUUUCCAACCACCACGACGAGGCCCUGAUGGACAUGGAGCUGCUGUUGUCUGUGCUGAUGUUCCUUCGCUUGUACUUGGUGCACAGAGCCAUCCUGCUGCACAGCAAAGUGCUGCUGAGCGCCUCCUACAGGAGCAUCGGCUCGCUCAACAACAUCAACUUCAGUUUCCGCUUCGUGCUCAAGAUACUGAUGAACAAAUACCCGGCGCGCACACUGCUGGCCUUCAUCCUCCUCUUCUGGCUGACUGCGUCCUGGAUGCUGACUCUGUGUGAGAGGCAGACCCGAGCAGCGACCGGCAACAUGGACACGGCUAUGUGGCUCAUCGCCAUCACCUUCCUCACUGUGGGCUACGGGGACGUGGCGCCCCACACCAGCUGUGGCAAAGCGGUGUGUCUCUUCACUGGAGUCAUGGGUGUAGCCUGCACCGCCAUGCUGGUGGCAGUUGUUACCAAGACGCUGGCGUUGAACAAAGGAGAGAAACAUGUGCACUUCUUCAUGCUGGACAUCCAGAUCUCUAAAAGGAUCCGGCAUGCUGCUGCUAAUGUGCUCAGGGAAUGCUGGCUUCUGCACCGCACAAACCUGACAAAGGGCAACCGCGGUGAGCACCGAAGACACCAGAGAUGCCUUCUGGAAGCCAUCAGAGUAUUUCGGCAUUUACGCCUCAAACAAAAAAAGCUGAGAGAUUACGUCAGUGAGAUGGUGGACCUCCCGAAGAUGCAGAUGAUCAUGUGCGACCUCAGUGCGAAUUGGAAUAACUCCUAUCGGGAGCUGGAGCAGCGAAUCCUCUCCAUGGAGCAGAAGCUGGACGAGCUGAGUCGCUGCUUCCAUCAAACCUCCGAGCUACUGUCUCAGGUCCUCCGUCACCGCAGCCCAGAGAUCAGGUGACAUGGCUACACACACUGGUUACUGAGACAGAUAAUUGUCUUCAGUGUUUUCAUCUACAGUCUCCAUGAGAGUGAGACACCCGGAGCUGCUCUCGACUCCUAACAUGCGGAACCACUUGAAGGACUGGCAUACCUACUACAGAUUUCAUCUUCUGGCCCAGAGCACUGCACAAUGACUCUUGGCUGUAAUAUCAUACGGAUACAAUAAGUUCCACUCCCUGUGUGAGAAUCACACAGCACAUUUUGAGAAAUAUGUUGUGUUUCCAGCAGUUAUAUAUUUGUGAGGGCGCACAAACAACUGAAUUAAUCUCAAACGUGCACCGUGGAGAAGCUUGUAAUACACAUCGUCAAAGGCUCCAGAGUACAGAAUGAACCCAAAUCCUAUUUGUAAGGUUUCAUUGAAGGACUCCAUCAGUGCCUUAUUCCUGUGGAAUAAGAUACAUAUUUUUAGAUGUAAUUAUAUUUGAUACAUGUUGCAGUUAUUUACAGUGUUAGUUUAAUCAGUCUUAUAACAAACAAACUCUCCUCCUCUUUUUCAUUGAUGAUUGUUCGCAAACUCUGAUAAUUCCUCAUUGUUC